AUGGCUUCUACACUCUCUCCACAGCCAUUCAGAACACUAUCUACCCACCGUAUGCGCAAUGCACACGCUACCCACUGCAAGGCGAACAUCAGUACUAAGCCUGCACCGAUUUCCUUCCCCAACCGGAGACACCUUCUCUUUAUGCUAACGUCAGCACCAGCACUGGCCUUGAGAGAACCAGCUUCACUAGCGCAGGACAUUCCCUUGUUUGGGCUGAGGAAGAAGCUAAAGACGGCGGAGGAGAAAGCGGAGGAGCUGGUAAAGGAAGGGUUUGAGACGGCGGAGAAAGGGUUGGAGACAGCGGAGAAAGGAAUUGUGACUGUGGAAAAAGGGAUUGAGACAGCAGAGAAAGGGAUUGUGACGGCAGAGAAGGAGAUUGACGAAGCCGUGAGUUUCGGUGGGCUAGCGCAGGCUGGUGCGGUGGCCGGAGCGGAGGUUGUUGGAGUUUUGGUUGCUAGUGCUAUUGUUAAUGGGAUUUUGGGGCCUGAGGCUUCUAAAACAUAA